AUGAAAUUUACUCGCUAUCUAUCACAUUCAUCAGAUAUGCCACUGGCACGUGCCAGUGGCCGUUACCUCUCGCCGUUUAUGUCGCAGCUGCGAGUGGAUCUUCCUCCGGAAUUGUGGCUCUAUAUCCAAAGGCUAGCCACCGCCUAUCAUUCGCCUCUGAAUAUCGCGUAUGAAAGUGACCUCGUGUAUCGAUAUGACCGUGCUCUGAACCCAUUCGCUCUCAUACGCCAUUUCCACGAGGAUGCGAUAUCCUUCUCUCUGGUAUCCAGGUCUUGGAAUCUCCUAGCUACUAAGCUAUUGUACGAGAGCAUCUGUGUCAGUCGCUUCACUCAGCCCAGCCUCUUCGCUGCCCUCCACCGAGCAGGUGUCUCAGAUCUUGUGCGCGCCGCGGUUAUCUCAGGACCAGCUGAAAUUCAUUUUUACCGUGCCCUGUUCACACUCUGUCCGCGCCUCGAGGUGCUCGUCCUCCAGCAUUCCAAUGAUCGCAUUAUGGCUUGGGAUGUAGAUCCGAUGACCAUGGCUCUGGGACAAAGCCUUACUCUCCCCCAAUUGCGCUUCAUUUAUUGGAAUCGAUUCGUCGCACCUGAUGGACUACUGGAUCUGGUGCUGCAAGUCUCUCCGAAUGUACAGUCUCUCUAUGACGGUAUUCGGGGAUAUACCAGCGGGCUGAUCCUCAAGGAGUCAAGACCCUAUGCACCCGGUCCGAUUUCUCCAUCUUCCUUGCGAAGACUUGAAAUUCGCAGCAUUCGAAACGACCUGACCCUCCCGCUCUUGCUUUCUCUCGGAUGCGAGCAUACACUCACCCGACUGAGCCUCCCGGUGGAUCUGCUGAGGGAAGUCGACUUCCCAGUCCUCCCACGUACAACAGUUCUCGAGAUCUUUGGGUCCCGCAGGACCAUCAACUGUCCGGCCAUCUCGCGCCUCUUCCCCAGUCUCCAAGAGCUAUGCUUUGACGUGUGGAACGCUUUCGAGGGUCCUAUGACGCUGCCGCACGUCGCCGUGAUCAGGCUGCAUUCUGUCGUGGUAGACGUUUUGGGGGAUUGGCACACCAUCCAAAGAGCAUUCACGAUGUGUCUCGACAGGGGAAAUCUCCCGCGUCUGCGGAGGAUCGUGCUGUACAACAUGUGGGAUCGCACCGUCGAGAGUUCAAAGCUCGCUCCGCUGCUCCUGGCUAUCCGACAGCGGGGGUGCGAUGUCGAGUUUCCUGAGCAUUGCGUCCGCAACUGAGGUGCAGCGGUGCGUAAUGGGGCUGGAUUGAAGCAUAGCCAUGAGAUGAUCUACAUCGAUGGCGCAGUCUCCAACGCUGAAAAAGCGAGCUCGCAUCUGUGGCUGAUCUCGCUCUGCACCCAGAAUUUGUCCGGGAUCCAGCCUACAGGACUACACUAGUCGUGACCUGAGUUCUGUAUGCUUGGUCG